AUGUAUCGACAAGAGAGGCGAUUUUUUAGCUCUGUUGAAACUGGGUCUUUAGUAACUGAAACAGAUGUUUUGUAUAGCUUUUUGCAUGUGUCAGAUUUGUUGAGUAUUUUGGGUGUAUCCGGUGUUUCUAAUGCUGUUGUUUUGCCUAGAUACCUAUCUUCCUGUGGUAUUUUGAUGACCAGAACUUCAAGGGUAUUACGCCUCACGGAUUGUGAUAGUAUUGCUGCCUUGCAGAACAGCAGAACCUUCAUUAAUUUUACAGGGCCUUUGACCAACAAGAGGAAGGAAUAUUCAGAAAGGAGGAUUCUAGGAUAUUCCAUGCAAAAUAUGUAUGAAGUGGUCUCUAACGUGAAUGAUUACAAGCUGUUUGUUCCUUGGUGUAAAAAAUCAGAGGUGAUCUCCAGACGCUCAGGACAUGCAAAGGCGCAAUUAGAGGUGGGCUUCCCACCAAUAAUGGAGCGUUAUACUUCCAUUGUCACCCUUGUACGACCACAUUUAGUAAAGGCAGUUUGUACUGAUGGAAAACUUUUCAACCAUUUGGAAACAAGUUGGCGCUUCAGUCCUGGUAUUCCUGGUUAUCCACGUACAUGUACUGUUGAUUUUUCUAUUUCAUUUGAGUUCCGUUCUCUCUUGCACUCCCAGCUGGCAACAGUAUUCUUUGAUGAGGUGGUGAAACAGAUGGUAGCAGCAUUUGAACGGAGGGCAUUUAAACUCUACGGACCAGAAACCCGCAUCCCUCGAGAACUCAUGUUUCAUGAAAUUCACCAAACGUGAUGACUGCUAGAUUAAGAAUGUGUAGCAAGUGUUUGUUUUUUUUAUUAUGCACACAACUUUUAAGGCUGCAAGGAGAAGAUAUUUGAAUAUAGGUUGACUGUGAUGCAGUCCUGACAGGCAGCUGGUUUUAUUGCUAUUUAUUGUAUAUCAGUUGUCUGAAAGGAUGUGGUAUCUAAUUUAUAAAACAGCCCUUGAACUUGAGUCCUAAUAAUAGUGCAAAUGACUUGCACAGCUGCAGCAGAACCAUUUGACUUCAGGUAAAUCAACAAACCUAAAUUGUUUUAAUGAAAAACUUAUUUUAAUAUAAAUUUGGGGAAGCACACAAUUAAGAAAAUGUUAUCAUGGGAAUGGAUCAUUUUUCAUUCACUGAGAAGUGGCAUCAAGAAAUUGCUUCCAGCUCUGGUAUAGUGCAACAUUCUUUCAGGAAUUGUGAUUGUAGUUGGCCACUGACUGAUUAUGGUAAGGGAAAGUCACUAUGAUGCUUGUGACGGCCACCACUGAACCAGCUAAGACACGGGCAUCUACUCUUUAUUGAAAGUAUCGUCGUGGAACUCUGUGUGGUUCUAAAGAAAGCAAAUCGAAUGACUUGUUCAGGAUUCCAGAGUGUUUUCUUUUACUUAAAUUUUUUUUUUUUUUUUUUCUUCUUCACUUUUACUGUCUUAGAUUGUGUUGUGGCUGUUAAUCCUUGGUUCUGUACUUCCAGCCUUGGCAUAACUAAUCAUUUGUUUAAACAUGAAAGAAAUAUGUGCAUAAGGGCAUUUCUGAGCAUUGUAUUACAUUGCAGGAAGAAUACUGAGGUUUGAGUAACGACUAACUAGUGAGAACUACUUCUUUUCCAUACCAGUCUUUGAAAAUGCCCAGAGCUUCCUAAUUCUACCUGUUCUGUGCCUGUUGGCAUUCAGAUAAAUGUCUGUGAGAUGGGAGUAUUGGAACUUUUGGAUGGCCUGUUGUUAGUAUAUGUUCUGUUUUAAGAAUGUAUCACUUACCACAAUCUACAAAUUUAUUGUAUGUUUUUGGCGGAAGCUCACAGACCCACAGUCCUUGCCCAUUCCACAUUCCCUCUCCCAGCAAGAGUACUAAUCGAACUGUCAUACAGCAGGUAUGUCCUCCAGCAAUCACUGAGGCAGAGUUGGUUGUAUACAGCUACAUUUAAGGGGAAGGUUGCUUUAUGGAACACAUACUAGAAAUAAAAACCCAAACUUUAAUUUUCAGUUUCGCUUUGUAACUGUAUAUCUUGUGUAUAAUGUCUUUUUCUUCUUCAGAUUGGGUUAAUUCUACCCCACCUUGCUGUCUUUGUAGCAGUUAAGCUCUUAUCUGGAUACACAGGGUGGCUUUAUUUACUAAAAUGAUGGCCAUUCGAACAGUACUUGCGUGAAGACAGGCAGUCUGAUUAAUAGACUGCCAACCCAGUUCUGUGACAAAGCAUUGUCAGAUUGCAUGCACUGUGGUGUAAUGACAAAUGUCAUGAAUGAACCCCAUCUAGCAUGGGUUCGUGUAGCAGUGUGAUCAUUGGAAGAGCCAUAUGGAAAAAGGAUAACGGAUGGGAGAAUAAUACCAGUGCCUAUGAAGUAAUCCCCAAGGAAGUAGUGCAAUUAGGGCUUUACCACAUGAGCACUACCUGUCAGUGGCAAACAGCUCGACAGCCUAUUGUAUGGUCUGCACUUUGGUCAUGAUAAGCAGUGCUUUGCACUGUAGCCAAGAUGCUUGCAUGGAAACAUGCAUCAAAGCUGUGCCAUUGUAGGUUCCUGCUUCAGCAGGAGUGCUGUCUUGUUAGAGGAUGGGGAUAUACAUUGCUAGAAUACCUAGGUUGGCUGGAUGGUUGCAUCUCUGACAUCUGGCUGCCCCCCUUUCCAUUCUUGUAAGGUGAGGAUGCUGUGCGGUAACUCUCCACUGCAGAGACUCCACUUCCCCCCAACAGACAUGGAAGGGUGAUGUAGUAUAUGUAGUAUGUUCAGGUAGGUGGGACAAGAGAAUGAAAGGGACUCUCUGGCAUUGGAGUGCAUCUGAGAGGGGUGAUUGUUAGUUUAGAAGGGAAAAAAAAUCAGUCUACUUUGCUGACCCUGUAGUGAUGUUAUUUGGCGUUAAAUGCCACUUGUUUACCAUACCAGAAUUAUAGGUUCAGAAAUGCACUAGCACAGUACUGCAGCUGGCAAUGAAAGGUGCUGCUACUACUAUGUACUGUAUGCUUUUUUGUGUUUAUGGUGCUGUUGCUUCCCUGAUUCCACUGUUAAAAGGGCUUUGCCUAGUGAGUAGUUUUUACCCAGUAAAAAAAAAAAAAUAAUCAGAAAAAAUUAUGCAACUCUCCUGCAUUAACUCUUUUUAGAUAUCAGUAAUGUGGCAUGCAUUUAUCACUCGAGAGUUGUGUGUAAGCAUGAAAUAUUUCUUCAUGCCAUUUCUGUUCAUGCUCACCAGUGUUCAAGGAACAAUAGAUCGGAAGUUAUUGCGACACGGAGAAGGCAAGCUGCCACAGUCAGUGAAAAUCAGCAGCUUUUUAAGAAUCCAAGUAGGUUGUAUACCACUAGAGUUUAACUCAUAUUGAAAUAGUCUUGGUGGUAAGGAUGAUUUGGUUGGUAUAAGAAGAAAUCCAAAAGGUUUUGAUUGACCCAGAUGCUGUCUAGUUUGAGGAGUGUAAACACUGGAAAUGGUUAUUGUCAGUUUGGUACCAUCUGACUGAGUUGUUGUCAGUUUUUUCAUGUAAAUAUUAAAAACAAUACCUCAACCUUUUUAA